CGGCAGGAAAUAGGUCAAUCGCUCUGAGCUUUCCUUUCGCGUCGUUUUCUGUUUCUAUUUGCUCUAUCUUUUUUAAGGAGAUUGGUUGCCUUUGAAAGCUCAGCGCAUUGAGUCGCAUCUGUUGUUACGACGUCAUCUUUAUCACAGCGAAAUACCUGGUCUAGGACCCCUCUAUCACCUCCAUCGAAUGCUGAUAUUCGCCAAUAUAUCGAAAGUGAGCUGCCAAGGUCUACCAAACAAAUAAAGAAAGCAAUAUAGAAAGGAAGAGAGCUGAAGGCGUCGAUACUUGGAACAUACUUGACCGCUACAGCUCUACCUUCUUGCCCUGGUUCAUUGAUACUUCACCGCCCAGCAAUGCCGCCUGUGCCUGAGCUUCCUGAAGCGCCAUACCCCCUUGAACAAGAUACCUCAAUGUUAUCGCGCAAGUUUGGGAGAGAAAUAAUCAAUUACUUUUCCAGCUCACCGCUCAAUCGGGUUUCUUUCCUGCGAACAGAUCAUGCAUUUCUCUCUGCUGCCUUGAGACACCCCACUUCUUCAUUCCUGCUCUUCAAUAAUCUCGCACCGCUUGCCAAAGACCCCGCACAACUCGCAUAUGCAUCAUACACGGACGUCCGGCCGCUGAUAGGGGAAGAUCCAUACUCGAAACCCGAAGCGGAGCUCAUCAAAGAAUUCAACUCGACCGUUACAAUCCCGCAACUCAUAUUCCUGGGCAUCGACGAGAAACAGUCUGAAAAGGGACUACAAUGGAACGAUUACCGCGGUGCGCCCUUUUUCGCACUCGACGUCACGCCAAAGGGAACCAUUGAGAAAGCGUGCACUGCUCUCAUCGAAGACAUGAAAUCAAACGGGUUGACCUUUAUUGAAGGCCGCAUGCACACUUCAUUAUCCGCUGGAGAAGCCGCAAUAUACGCCCAAGCCCGAUCCCUACUCGACUGGAAUGCGCGGAACCCCUUCUGCGCACAAUGCGGCCACCCCACUCUCUCCAUCAACGCCGGCACCAAGCGCACGUGUCCUCCCACUGAUCUAGCUUCCGUGGCCACUCCUCUCGCCGCAUCAUCUGCUCCAGCCGCUGCCGCAGCGGACCCAGUCCCCUCGCAACAACGUCCUCCAUGCGCCACUCGCAAGGGCGUAUCCAACAUCUCAUUCCCACGCACCGAUCCAACCAUCAUCGUUGCCGUGCUUUCCGCAGACGGUUCUCGCGUCCUCCUCGGUCGCGCGCGCAGAUAUCCGCCCUACUGGUACAGUACGCUCGCCGGGUUCGUCGAGCCCGCCGAGUCCAUCGAGGACGCGACGCGCCGCGAAGUCUGGGAAGAAGCAGGCGUGCGUGUCGGCCGCGUCGUCAUCCAUAGCACCCAGCCCUGGCCGUACCCGGCUAACCUGAUGAUUGGCGCCCUCGCCCAAGCACUCCCCGGCGGAGAAGAGAUUUCGCUCCAGCAUGAUCCAGAGCUGGAAGACGCAAAGUGGGUCGGCGUAGAUGAGAUCUCGCACGCCCUGGAGUUUGGCACGAGCGGACUCGGAGAAGAGCCGAGCAAGGAAUAUAAGCCUGGCUCGCUGAGAUUACCGCCGCCUACGGCAAUUGCGAAUCAGCUCCUGCGCGCGGCGCUGGAUGGGUAUAUGCUCAAGGCUGGGACGGGCGAGCAUAAAAUUUAGAAAAGAUCAGAACAGAUCAGAGUCUACGUAGGUAGGCUGAUGUAUAUAGAUGUAGACGAGUAUAAGUUAAAUGAUAGAGUGACGAUUAGAUGUCUCAAAUGCUAUAUCUCAACUUUGAUUGAGGAACGGGUGAAUAAUGCGAAUCAUUAUCUUUGUUUCUUAUUUCUCCGUCCUUUUCUUUUGGAUUCAAUUUCAAUUUCCAUUUUAUUUUCUUGGCAGGGAUAUGCUACGUCAGAGCAUUUUCAGCAAGCAGAUGAUCAAGUCUCACAAAUGGGU